CCGAUAAAGUUUGAGAUGUUGUGCCAGCAGUGACACUUUGUCUCUCUCGGCUGCAGCUAAUGCUCUUGAACAUUCUGACUGUAAUAUGGCUUCUUGUUUAGUGCCAGAUUUUCCAGCUGUGCUUCUCGCCUUGGAGCACUUGGGCGAGUUAGAAAAAAAGCUGAAAGACGAAGACGCCUCCAUCGGCCAAGAAGCCUGUCACCAUCUGAGAGAGAUAUCGUCUGCUAUUAAAGAGCUGGAAGCAUCUAGAAAGGCGGUCCACGAACAGCUGGAAAUUGAAACUAUUGAAAAUAGCAAAGUCCGCCAUCAGCUUCUUCGCACUCGCGAUGAAAUAGCCAAUGAGAUAGGAGCUGGUGUCGAAGCAGUAAGAGACGUCAGUGCAAAAGAAUUGAACCAACUGCAGGCUGACCUGACAUACCUUCAAAAAGAGAUUGGGUCACUGGAAGCGAAGCAAGCAGUUCUUGAAGAGGAAAACAAACAUCUUCAUACAGAGAGAGAGCAAAAGAAAAGAAACCAUGAGAACGUCAUCAGCCUGCUAAACUACCAGCUCUCGGAGAAGGCCGGCCAUCAGAUUCGGCUCAAUGCGAAACUCAAUGAGAUUGAGGACGUGAAGGCCAAAAUGGCUGAUGUGGAGCUUGCCAGAGCAGACCUUAGCACUGACAUGACUGAGGAGAGGAACAAGUUUAACGAGGCCAAAGAUGCGGUGGAAGCACAGAUUGAGGAGCAACAGCAGAGCAUCCAGCAGCAGAAACAGGCCAAUUUUCAGACUCGAAGACAACAUGACGCUCUCACCACUGAGCUGCACCAAAGGGAAGACAGGGAGGCAGACCUCAGGAGCGCAAUAAAUCAAAUUGAAAUGUCCAAAACCAGACUUGUGUCAACGAGGAAGAUCUUAAAAGCCAAAUUGGAGGAGAACCUUGAAAAAAAGAAAGAUCUUGACCGAACAAGAGUGCUCCAUGAAAAGGAGCUCGCUAAGAUCAAAGAGACUUUCAGGAAGAAACAGGAAGCCCUUCUGCAAAGCAUUGCCGAGACAGAAAAGGAGACAGAGCUGUGUGAAGGCCUGCAUGGCAUUCAAAUAGCAUCAAUAAACAGACUGACUGAGCGUUUUAACAUCCAGAGGAAAUUGGAAGACGACACCACAGCCGAGCACAAUGCCAUGUCAAGGCGUCUACAGUGGUCCAAGCUGAAGCUGGAGGAGCGCAUCGCUUCCAUUGCCAAGUAUAAGAUCGAGAUUAAGGAGAUGGAGGAGGCAAUGAGACAACUGAAGGACACAACCGAGGUGAACAGUGAGCUCUUUGUGAAGAACCUUAAAGAGAUGGAGCUGCAGCUUGUGAGGGAAAAGAAGGCCAGGGCGUCGUGUGAAGAUGAGAAGGAGAAGCUGGCCCAGGAUGUGGAGGACCUGAAGGUGGCCCACCAGGAGAGCAUGAGACAGGUGCGGCAGGACACCCAGAAGACAGAGGAGCGCAGCCAACAACUACGAGAAGAGGUGAAAUCGUUUCAAGCCCACGAGUACAUGACCUCGCUUAUCGACCGCCUGAAGAAGAUGGUGUCGGACACUGAAGAGGCCAUGAAAGACUUGGAGCUCUCCACCAUGUCAGACAUAAAGGAGUUUGAGGAGGAGUCUGCGCUCCUGACUCAGGAGAGGCUGGAGCUGGAGGAGCUGCUGAAGGCGGAGGAGGUGGUGCUGGCGGGCGUGGAGGGAGAGUUCGACAUCGACCAGAGCCGACACCAGGCGCUCACAAAGGACACCACAGACCAGAAAUAUAAAAAGAUGCAGCUGGAGCUGACCAUUCAGGAUACCCAAGAUGCAACUGCUUGGAUGAUCAGACCAAAGGAAGAGCUUAAGGUGGAACUGAUAGAUUUGAGGAGGAAGUAUGUGGAUAUGCUGAGGUCGCAGGGCAAGAAGAUCGGCGAGACGGAGAGGGCCAUCUACGACAGAGGAGUUAUGCUGGAGCAAGUCAACAGGGAGAAUGCCCGCUUAUAUUUGCGUAUUUCACAGAUGAAAGAGGAGGUUUCCCUUGCAGAGCAGGACAAAAAGAGACACUCUCUGGAGGCUGAAAGACUACAGGAGCAGGAUCACUUCUUGUUUCAAAGCCUGCUGGAUGCCUGGGCGAAUGACCUUGACAUGACCAAGGAGCAUAAUGACAAGGACCAUGAAAUCUAUCAAAGUCUUCAGAAUCUCAUCAUGAAACUGCAGAGGAGGCAGAACUGUCUCGGAGGCAUCUCAAAUAGAGUGAGGGAGGAGUUUGAAGGUCUGACUUCCCUCUUGUUUCCUCCAAAGAUAUUGUGAUUUGUAAUAAAUAGCUGGGACAUUAAAUUCCAUUAUUACCUUUC